AAAUUAUGUACUUGUUAAAUGUACUUUGUACUUCUAAAGUUACAUAAAUUUUAUUUUGUGUAAUAAUUAUUAUAUUAAUUUUAUUACUGAAUAUCCAUUAAUAUAAAUAUAUAAAAAAAUGUUUAAUUUAAUGGUAUAGAUAAUAAAUUUAAUAGUGUUUAUGUAAUAUAUGUAUUAUAAUUAUAUGUAAUAUAAUCAUUGUGAAUUGAAUUAAUUAAUAACAGAAGUCAAUUGACUGAAUAUAUGUAUAUGAUGAUGAUAUGAUGAUAUGAUAAUGUUAAUUGUUACUAUUAAAUAUAUUAAUUGAACUAUUUAAUGUUAAUGUUAAUGUAAUAUAUUAGUAUACUAAUAUAAUAUAUUGCAGAUUUUUUAAGGCUAUAAAUAGAAUAUAUAUGAAUUAAAUUAAAUUAAAAAAAAAUAGUUUAUAAAAAAAAUAGUCUAUAAAUAUUUAUAAAUGUUUUUUAAUAUGAUAGUAAUUUUUGAUAUUCUUAUUAUUCUAUAUGAUAUAUAACAUAUAUUUAACAUAUAUUUCCAUAUUAUAUUAAUUUUAAGAUGAAUAUGAAUUAUAUUUUUAUAUUUUGAUAAUAUUAUUCAUUCAUUAUUCUUUGCUAUCAUAUUAAUUAUUGCUAUUAUAUUAAUUAUUUAUGAUAUUUUAAGUUUAUAAUGGAAAAUAUAAAUUCUUUGUCGUCUACAACAAUUCCUGAUGUCUACAUUUUUGAUUAUGAUAAUGAAGCAGAACCGUAUUGGCAAAUGAUGGCCGAACUGUCGGACGGGUGUAGCAAUGAUGAUGGAUGCAUGGGUGGAAGCGAUUUGGAAGGAGAAGGAAAACAAGUUUUGGUUGGAAUCUGUGCGAUGGCAAAAAAAUCUCAGAGUAAACCAAUGAAAGAAAUUUUAACAAGAUUAGAAGAAUUUGAAUAUAUUAAAAUAGUAGUAUUUCCUGAAGAAGUUAUUUUAAAGGAGUCUGUAGAAGAUUGGCCAAUUGUUGAUUGUUUAAUAAGUUUCCAUAGUAAAGGUUUUCCUCUUGAUAAAGCUAUAAAUUAUGCUAAUCUUAGAAAUCCUUUUAUCAUUAAUAAUUUACCAAUGCAAUAUGAUAUUCAAGAUCGUAGAAGAGUUUAUGCUAUUUUAGAAAGUGAAGGAAUUGAAAUUCCAAGAUAUGCUGUCCUCGAUAGGGACUCAUCUGAUCCAAAACAUCAUGAAUUGGUGGAAUCAGAAGAUCAUGUGGAAGUCAAUGGUGUUACAUUCAAUAAACCAUUUGUAGAAAAACCAGUAUCUGCAGAGGAUCAUAACAUUUAUAUUUAUUAUCCUACAUCUGCAGGUGGUGGCAGUCAAAGAUUAUUUAGAAAGAUUGGAAGUCGUAGUAGUGUUUAUUCACCAGAAUCUAGAGUCCGUAAAACUGGUUCUUACAUUUAUGAAGAUUUCAUGCCAACUGAUGGUACAGAUGUUAAAGUUUAUACUGUGGGUCCAGAUUAUGCUCAUGCAGAAGCAAGAAAAAGUCCUGCUUUGGAUGGUAAAGUCGAAAGAGAUUCAGAAGGAAAAGAAAUUCGAUAUCCGGUUAUAUUAAGUAAUGCUGAAAAAUUAAUUAGCAGAAAAGUGUGUUUAGCUUUCAAACAAACUGUUUGUGGUUUUGAUUUACUUAGAGCAAAUGGCCAGUCAUUUGUGUGUGAUGUAAAUGGAUUUAGUUUUGUAAAAAAUUCUAAUAAAUAUUAUGAUGAUUGUGCAAAAAUUUUGGGAAAUAUGAUUUUAAGAGAAUUGGCACCCACUUUACAUAUACCAUGGAGUGUUCCUUUUCAACUGGAUGAUCCACCUAUUGUACCUACUACAUUUGGAAAGAUGAUGGAAUUACGAUGCGUGGUUGCUGUUAUAAGACAUGGAGAUCGAACGCCGAAACAAAAGAUGAAAGUAGAAGUUCGUCAUCCGAAAUUUUUUGAGAUAUUUGCAAAAUAUGACGGUUAUAAACAUGGUCAUAUUAAAUUAAAAAGACCUAAACAGUUGCAAGAAAUAUUGGAUACUGCACGUAGUUUAUUAGCUGAAAUACAACAUCGUGCAGCUGGACCAGAAUUAGAAGAAAAACAAGGAAAAUUAGAACAAUUGAAAAGUGUUUUAGAAAUGUAUGGCCAUUUCUCAGGAAUAAAUCGCAAAGUGCAAAUGAAAUAUCAGCCAAGAGGUCGACCCAGAGGAAGUUCAUCAGAUGAUGAUCGACUUGGAGAACCAUCUCUUGUAUUGAUAUUGAAAUGGGGUGGAGAAUUAACACCAGCUGGCCGUAUUCAGGCGGAAGAAUUAGGAAGAAUAUUUCGUUGCAUGUAUCCUGGUGGUCAAGGUAGACACCUUAGUGGUGAUUAUGCUGGAGCACAAGGUUUAGGAUUGCUUAGACUUCAUUCAACAUUUCGACAUGACUUGAAAAUUUAUGCAAGUGAUGAAGGAAGAGUUCAAAUGACUGCUGCAGCUUUUGCAAAAGGUUUACUCGCAUUGGAAGGUGAAUUAACACCUAUAUUAGUACAAAUGGUAAAAAGUGCUAAUACUAAUGGCUUGUUGGACAAUGAUUGUGACAGUAGUAAAUAUCAGAAUAUGGUAAAAACACGAUUACAUGAAUUAUUACAACAAGAUCGAGAAUUUACACAUGAAGAUAGAGAACAAAUAAAUCCUGGUAAUGCAUUAAGUAUCAAUGCAGCAAUGGAUUUUGUUAAAAAUCCUGUUCGUUGUUGUCAACAUGUUCAUACUUUGAUUCAGAAGCUAAUGGAUAUUGUUCGUAUUAAAAAAGACGAUCCUAAAACCAAAGAUGCAAUUCUUUAUCAUGGUGAAACUUGGGAAUUAAUGGGUCGUCGAUGGGGAAAAAUUGAAAAAGAUUUUUGUACUAAAAAUAAGAGAUUUGAUAUAUCAAAAAUUCCAGAUAUUUAUGAUUGUAUAAAAUAUGAUUUACAACAUAAUAACCAUACAUUACAAUUUGAACAUGCAGAAGAAUUAUAUAUUUAUUCUAAAUAUUUAGCAGAUAUUGUAAUACCACAGGAAUAUGGAUUAACAGUACAAGAGAAGCUCACUAUAGGUCAAGGUAUUUGCACUCCACUUUUAAAAAAAAUAAGAGCAGAUUUGCAGAGAAAUAUCGAGGAAUCCGGAGAAGAAACAGUCAAUAGGCUUAAUCCAAGAUACUCCCAUGGUGUUUCUAGUCCUGGUCGACAUGUGCGCACGCGACUUUAUUUCACAAGUGAAAGUCACGUGCAUUCUCUGCUCACUGUUCUGCGUUAUGGCGGUUUACUUGAUGUUAUGAAAGAUGAACAAUGGCGCCGAGCUAUGGAGUACGUUAGCAUGGUUUCUGAAUUAAAUUAUAUGUCUCAAAUUGUAGUUAUGUUGUAUGAAGAUCCAACUAAAGAUCCUAGUAGUGAAGAACGUUUUCAUGUUGAAUUACAUUUCAGUCCUGGUGUAAAUUGUUGUGUGCAAAAGAAUUUACCACCAGGGCCAGGUUUCAGACCUCAUUCACGCAAUGAAAGUAGUCAUAAUGUAGGUGAAAGUGGUGGUUCUGCUCAAGAUACCAUUUCACAAUGUAGCACUCGAAUAGAAGAAGAAGAUGUAGAAUUGGGAAUUUUAGAAGAUGAUUUUAUGAAUCCACCAUUACAAUCUGAAACACCUCCAUCAACAAUGGAGACAGAUACUGUAGAUGCAAUAAUAGAUAGUCCAACAACUAGUAAAGCAAUUGAUAUGAUGGAUUUACAUCCUAAUAUGAUGGAUGAACCAUUUGAUAGUGGCUUUUUACAGAGUUCUGCACCAAUUCCAAUAAGUGCUAGAACUGUAGCUGGUCACGAAGCAGCAAGACUUGGUAGUCAAUUAGCUGCAAGUCAACGUCAACGACGUGAUACAGAAAGAGGAACAAUAGUUGAACCACGUGCUCGCAGUUAUGAUCAUCAAAGACAAGACAAACCCGAAAAAGCUGCGGACAAGCUGCAGUAUCAGAGCUUGGACGCUGUAAACAAAGAAGAAAAGCAUGUAACAGAGCAAUGGCAUUUAGAAAGAUCUGGCCAGGUUUCGCUAAACGUGCCAGUGCAAAAAUUGCUGAGUCUACCGCAUUCCUUCAGUUCACCGGAGUUUCCAGUUCCUUCGAUAGAAACAUCCAUUCUGAACUCAACACCUUUGGUGACUUUACAUACAUCUCCUCUGAUUUCACCGAACAGCCGGAUCUCCGACGUAACAAAUAUCAUGUUUCCGGUCCCUACGAUUCGUUCUUCGUAUCUCGAUGCUAAUGCUAAACAGCCCGAUGAUUUUAAUCCACAUUCCCAAAAUAAAAAAUAUGGACGUUCUCAUUCAGAAAUGAUUCUUCCUGGGAUUGAGCGUAGCGACACACGACCUUCGAUCAUUCAACCUGACCCUACCUGCACAGCAAGGCGCCACCGUCACAGUAUCUCCGGACAGAUGAGUUAUUUCAAGCUGUUGGGCUACAACGUCAACAAGAAGUUGACUGGAUCAGCGAACAGUUUAUUCAGCACAGCUGUUAUUAGUGGAUCGUCUAGUGCUCCAAAUCUUAAGGAUAUGGUGCCUCCUCAUGCUUCUGCUGUUGCAGCAAUAGAAGGUUUUGGUGGUGUACCACCAAUAAGACCUUUGGAAACUCUUCAUAAUGCAUUGUCAUUGCGUCAGUUGGAUUCCUUUCUGGAAAUGAUGACUAGUGCUCCUUUGUUUCGAACACCUGCUUCUUCACCUCCAAAAUAUUCUUCUCCUGGUGGAUCAACGCAUGAGUCAGUUAAUCAAAAUCUCAAUAUUGGAGGAAUCAAUCGCGAGUACCACUCUUCCGACUUGGAAGCUGUCAGGUACCGUAAGAAAUUAAGUAAACCAUCAUUGUAUAUUGCGCCAACUCCAAUACAAUAUAAAUCUUCUAAUGAUGGAGAAUCUUGUGAUAUAAGAAAUCAGUUAUCACCAACCAGUCCUAAUAGUACUGGAUGGAGUAGCGAACCACAAUCAUUUCUCUCUUCUGAACCUUCAUCUCCUGCACCAACUUCAACAGGAGAGUGUAGUAUGUCUAUAAGUCUAAUCAGUAAUGAUGGAGCACAAUCAUUUAAUACAGGUCAUAAAUAUCCUACAACUCCAUGUCUUGAUGUAGAUUUUAAUGAAUUUUGUAUAAAUAUAGAUCAAGAACAUAGAGAAAGUCGUGGUAGCGUAUCAUAUACUGAUUAUUAUAGCAAUGAAGAUGGACAAAUACGAAACUGUGGUUUUGGAGCAGGUUUCACUAGUAAUUUAGAAAAAAUCAUGCGUACUGAUAAUCUUCCUAUUGAUAAUAUGGAUGAUGAUGAGGAUCAUACAAUAACUUUAAAACAAACUGAAGAACAAAAAAAACAAGAUGUCAAACAAAUAUUCGAACAAAAAGAAAAUUUAAGUACAAAAUCUAGUAGUGGUUAUAAAAAAAUUGGAAGAUUUCUCGUUGAAAGCAUGGAAAUAUCAGACGAAGAUGUCAGAAUUAAAGAAAUAGAUAAUAUAGACAAAAUAAAAACAUCUGUAUUUCAAAAAACUGAAUCUUCUAAUGCAGAAAAAGUACAAAAGAACAGAGAUAGUAAUGAAACUGUAUAUGAACAGAAAAAACCUCAUUCUUUCAAUAGUUGCAAAAGAAAAAAUUUUUCUCGAUCUCAAAGUGUUUCUAUGCCAAAAACUUCAACACAAAAAUCUGAGACAAAUUAUAGUUAUAAAUGUACAUCAAAAUUAAGUUCUCUUUCAAACAUGUCAGAUAAGGACUUGGAAAAUUGGAAGCAAAGCAUGAUGGAAUCAAAAGAUCCGUUUUCAAUAGAAAUGAAAUCUGAGGAACCAAUUCUGACAUUAGCUAGCAGUAUAACAAGUAGCUCUAGUGUGACAAUAGGCUUUAAUGUUCAAGAUGAAAAAAAAGAAAAAUUUAAUCCCUGAAAAUAUUUCUUUUAAGAAAUUAUCAGAAUUUAUUUGUCAAAUCGGUUUCUAUAAGAAAAAUAAGUUAUUAUAUAUAAUAUCGUUAAAACAUAAACAUAAUUAAAUAUUAUAAAGGAAUCAAACAAAUCAAAAUUUAUAUUAUUUGAUCUAAGUAUUAAGUAUGUAAAUGAAAAGAAAAAUAUUUUGCAUUUUUUAACAAAAUUUUCUUUAAUAUACUUUACUUUUAUAAUAUUUUACCUUUUGUUAAGAUUGUUAUUUCUAAUAAUUAAGAUAUAUAAUAUGAUGACAUUGCAACAUUAAAAAAAUUUUUUUCAAUAUAGGAAUAUUCAAUAUCAUUUAAAAAUAAAAAAUAUAUUCAAAACUGCUUAUUAAGAGAAAAUAUCAAACUUAAAACAAUGUUAUAUAUAAUAAUAGUUUCUCAUGUUCAAUAGUGUACUUAUAAAAACUUUAUGUAUACUAAAUUAUUUUUAAAUUUCAUGACAUUUCUUGUAUUAGUAUAAUAAUAUUAUUGUAGAUAAUAUAUAUGCAAUGUUAAAAUGUAAAACAAAUUAGAACUUAAAAGAAAAAUGUUUUUUAUCAAAAAUCUGUCUCAAAAAGUUUAUUUGAAAAUUAUUGAAAUUUAAAUUUUUUAUAUGUUACAAGAUUUUUUAUUAAUCAGAUAUGAAAUAAAAAUUAUAUAACUUUUUAUGACUUGACAAAUUUAAAAUAUAUUUAAUUUGUUAAAUUGAUACGAAAAAAAAUUUUUUAAGUUUUUUUCAUAUUAUAUGCAUAGAAGUAUUAUUUUUUUUCAAUAUUUAAAAGAUAUAUAUCAUAUAAAUAAUGACAUAUUUUUCAUUAAAUUAUUUUUUUAACUGCAAAAAUAUUAUAGUAAUAUUAUAGUAAUAUGAAUAUACUAUUUAAAUUUUAAUAUUAAUUUUUUUUUUAAUUUUAUUGAGAUAUAAAACGAACAUUAUUAUUGAAAAAUUCAUAUGAAUGUAUAAAGAUCAUGGAUUAUAAUAUUAACUCAAAUUACAAUAAUUAAAACAAUAAUUGUUUUAUAAUAAAAUAUUUAUUUUAAAAAUUGAUGUAAAUAUUUUAUAAACUAUGUAAUAAAUAGAAGAAAUAUUUUGUGAUGAAUAAUUUUAGAAUGCUUCUUGUUAAAAAAUUAUAGAAAAGCUAUAUAAAUAUAUAACUGUGGUUUUAUAUUAAUCUAAAUGUAUAAAGGUGCUAUUUGAAUCAAAUUUAUUAUGUUCCUAACUGUUUUUAUCAUUAUUUUAUUUUAUUAAUAAAAUCAUUAUAUAUAAAUGUAUGACUAUAAAGUAUAUGUAUUUAACUUUAUAUAAAUUUUCUUUUUUCUGAAAAAAUUAGAAAUUUUUUUUUGUAUAUUUUAUAUAUUCUGAGACAGCAUUUUUGUUUUGCAAAUAUAAUGCAUAAAUUAAUUUUAAAUUUAAUAUUUUAAAUUUUAAAUUUAUAUUGAUAUGAAAAAAGAUUGAAAUUUUUAUAAUAAUUUUAAUUUUAAUGAUAUCAUUCAGAAAUAUUUUAAUGAUGUAAGAUAUAGAAAAUAUCAUUUUAAAAUGCUUUAAGUACUUUUCAUUCAAUAUUCAUAUAACGUAUAUUUAAAAUUUUGUUUAAAAUAAUAAGGCAUUUAUUAUGGUAUAAAACAUACAAAUUAAUUUUAAGUAUUUUAAUAACUUCUAAUAACAUUAGUAUAUCUUAAAUAUUUUUAUUAAUAUUUUAUUAUGAUAUCAAUGUAAGAAUAUAAUUAUUAGUACUUAUUAACAUCGAAAGUUGUAAAACAAAUGUAUGCAAAAUGCCAAAUUACAAUAAAAAAAUAGAAAUUAAAUUUGAUAUUGUUCAUGAUAAUUAUCAUUUGCAAAUUUCUUUAAUUGAUAAAAUAAUUUAUAUCUUAUAUCAUAACAUUCUCAUUUAUAUCAAUUUUUUUAAAUUUCUUAUAAAAUAUCUUAUUAAUGAAAUCAGAUUAAUAACUACAUAUUAAAUUAAAAUUUAUAGUUAUUCAUUUGUUCAAUAACCAAAAAUUGAUUUAUUUAUUUGAUCGAUUAUUUAUCCAUUUCUUGUAUUAAAUUUUAUAAUAUAAAUAUUAUGUACUAAUAAAGACUUAUAUGUAUAAAUUUUUAUUGAAA